AUGGAAGCAAUUGUUUUAGCCAAAGAACUUCUUAAUACAUUCGAGUACGAGUCCUGUACGAGUCUUGUACAAGCUAUUCGAUCUCAUUUAUGUUGUAAAAGAGGCGGUAUUAAGUUCAGUAUAAGCCUAUUAGAUGAUCUUAUAGCCUCGAAAGAUGAUAGAGGACUUCAUUAUGGGGAUAUAUUGGAAUUACAGGGCCCUUAUGGAUCAGGAAAGAGACAUUUACUUUAUUUUAUUGCAUCAAGAACACUUCUUCCCAAAAUUUAUGAAUCAAAUGAAGAAAAAGAAGUGAUAGGAGGUCUUGAAGAAGGAAUUGUUCUUUUAGAUUGCAGUAGAAAGUGGAAAACAUAUCGUUUAGAGGAGAUAAUGUAUGAAAAAGUCAAGAAUAUAUUUAAAAAGAGUCAAAAUGAUAGAAUUAAAGAAGAAAAUGAUAAGGAAUGUAAGGAUAGAAUAUUUAAAGAUAUAGUUAAACAAAGCCUUACUCGUUUAUAUAUUUUUCGGCCGGAAGAUUCAAUAUCUUUAAUAGCUACUCUUCAAUAUUUGCCUCAAUAUUUUAAAUCAUAUGCAAAUGAUGUAAAAAUCCGCUAUGUCUUUGUUGAUUCUAUUUCAGCAUUUUACUGGAAAGAUUUAUAUUCAAAUUUGCUCUCUAAUCCUUAUGUUCAAGAGCGAAUUAACAUUAUUUAUAAGCAAAUUACUCAAUUACUUAAGAAAUUUUGUUAUACAUGGUGUUCACUUGCUAUUAGUACAAACUGGGUUUUACAAACAUCACAAAAUUUUAAUCCUUAUACAACAAAUAUACGUUAUUUUACUAUUUCUGAUGAUUCAUUUCAAAUUUAUCAUCAACAUCUUCCUUUUUCAUAUACAAGUCAAGUAUCACAUAGAAUUUGCUUUCUUAAAAAAGCAGUAUCUCAAUUCUCUUCUGGAAUUGAUUUAAAGAAUCUUUUAGUUUAUUCACAACAAAGAAAUAACAUUCUUCAACUUGGUUUAUAUCUUGCAGUGCUUCAGCGUUUAUCAAAUAAAGACUUAGCACCUUCAAAAAGGACAGGAUUUAUAUUUCGUAUAACAAAAGACAAUGUACAGAUUGAAACAUAUUUAUAA